AAUCAGUCGAUUCUGGCCCCGAUUCUACUUACUUGAACCUUGACUGCAUGUGGUUAAUUUACUCUAAUUCAUCAUUUUGAAGUUGACUCUUAUCAUGCUAUGGUUGAUUUUUUCUCUACGGGUUCUGAAAGACUAGCAACAAUGUGUCCUGCUGGCAAAAAAUUGGUGGUAUUGGGUCUUCCUUGGGAUGUUGAUACUGAAGGGUUAAGACAGUACAUGAGCCAGUUUGGCGAGUUGGCUGAUGUUAUGGUGAUGAAGGAUCGUGCAUCGGGACGCUCGCAUGGUUUUGGUUAUGUAACAUUUUCUUCUUUGGAAGAUGUGGAGAAAGCAGUUGCAGCUCAACAUCAUAUUAAUGGAAGGACACUCGAGGUUAAAGUUGCAACUCCCAAGGAGGAAAUGCUGUCUUCUUUUUCUUCCAAGAAAAGUACUCGUAUAUUUGUUGCUAGAGUACCUCCAAGUGUGGGUGAUGAUGAAUUUCACAGCUAUUUCAUGAAGUAUGGUCCAGUAAUAGAUGUUUACAUGCCAAAGGAUCCUGUAACAAAGCAACAUCGGGGAAUUGGAUUUGUCACAUAUGAAAAUCAUGACUCCGUAGACCAGCUAAUGUCAGAGACACAUGAACUUGGCGGUUCUACAAUUGCUGUGGAUCGAGCAACUCCAAAGGAGGAAUUCAGAGGAUCCAGGGUUUCUAAUCAUUAUCUCAAGAUGCCACAAACUUUCAGAAUGUCCAAUAUAGUUGAAAGUAAGAAAAGCGAUACCUAUUCAAGAAUAUUAACAAAUACCAUUUCAGUUGGGAACAACGGUGGACAUGCUGCCGAAAGUUCCCUCACAAGAACCAAGAAAAAGAUGUUCAUAGGUCAUGUUCCUGCGGAAGCCACAUCUGAUGAUUUGCACGCGUAUUUUAGCCAGUUUGGAUGGGUUGUUGACGUUUACCUGCCAAAGGAUCCGAAGAAAGUUUCUCAUAGAGGCUUUGGUUUCGUAACAUUUGCAGAUGAAGCUUCAGCUGCACGUGUGGCCCGCCGUAGACAUUUUAUUCAUGGUCGAGAGAUUGCUGUAGACUCUGCGUCUCCUACAGAUCAUGUGCAUGAUACAGGACAUAUUCCUGUGAGUCCAGUUCCCUAUUUUGGAGGUCAACAUGGCCUGCCUCCUAAUGAAUUGGUGGUUGGAGCCACAACUGAAGGGGAGAAUGCCACCCAUCCAUCUACUGCUUCAAGUUCUAAGUGGGGAAAGAAACUUUUCAUUGGACGCAUUCCAGUUGAGGCCACUGCUAUUGAUGUGCGGUUGCAUUUCAGUCAGUUUGGACAUGUAUUGGAUGUAUAUCUUCCCAAGGAUGACACAAAAACUUCUCAUAGAGGGUUUGGUUUUAUCACAUUUGCUGAAGAGAUCUCAGCCGAGUAUGCUUCUCAAAAAGUACAUAGGAUUCUAGGACAGAAGAUCGUGUUGGAUCGUGCAGCUCCACUAGAAAAUGAUGAAACGAGUACAAAUCGCUCUUCUGCUGUUGUUGCCGCAAUUUCAGAUCACUCUAUUCAUACACAGCAAAAUUUAUUCACCCAUCAACCCUAUGACAGCAAGUUGAUGCAAUUCCGUGAUACCUCCACAAGUCAGCCAUUUAGAACUUCAUUGCGGUAUGGGCCUUAUUAGAUCUCAUCUCCUCUGUAACUCAUUGGGUGAAGGCCCGUCUGCUGCCAAUUACUGCUGAGGGCUGUUUGUUGGACAAAGUUACCUCUGAAGUUGGUAUAUUUCAGAGAAAUUGCAGCAAGA